CCCACACAAGCGUUCUCGUUGAUGACACUGGACAGUUGAAUUCCUUUGGACUACAAGCUGAAGACAAGUAUGCUUCGUGUGUGGACGAACAUAAAGACAUUGCCUGGAGACUUUUUAGGCAUUUUACAAUUCAACUUCAUGAUAAAACGAUUUUAUCAGAACAGACUGUUAUACAAGACUACGAAGGAAAUAAUUAUUCUGCCAUCGAAAUAUUUACCAUGGCGAUAAAAUACCUACAUGGUCGCCUCAUGGAUAGGUUGAUAUCAAAUAUCAACGGCAUUUACGAAACCGACGUUAAGUAUGUCAUCCCAGUACCAGCAAAUUGGCAUUCUUCUGCAGAGCAGUUCAUACGAAUCGCUGCAAAAAACGCGGGAAUUGAUCAAGAUCGUCUUGAGAUAGUGUUCGAAGAUCAGGCUGCCGUAAAAUGGUGUACCAGCGAUGCAGGACCAGUUUCUCGUCUAGGAGGCUGUAAAUAUAUGAUUAUUUACCUAGGAGGUACCUCAGCAGAAAUAAUAGUUCAUAAGCAAAUGGUAAGUGGCAAUAUUGAAGAAGAACACUGUUCGAGUUGUUGGCAAUGGAAUGAAACGUAUAUUUAUCAGAAGUUCAGUCUUUAUCUAGAAAAUCUGGCUGGAAAAGAAGCAUUGGACGAAUUACGAAAGAACGAAAUCAGCGAGUAUUUAGAAAUUCAUAACCGAUUUUUGAACUUUAUACGGAACUUUAAGGGUGGAGGUGACAACAACUUUAGGACUCUUCGGAAAUCAUUUCUUGGUUUGAACAUAUAA